AUAAAGUCAUCUGUACUAGAAAUACGGAUUAGUGUUUAAAGUUUUAAAAGUAUAAGAAAUUUAAAAUGAGUAACGUUGUAUAUUUCUACAUACCAAUUGGACCUCUUAUUUUAUUAAUAAUACUUUGUAUAAGGUUAUGCUGUUGCCCGAAAAGAAGAGCUCAAGGAAUAAUAAUCCAACCACAUAUCCAGGAACAAGUGACCAUAAUUGUCCCUCCAACAAACCCAACGAAUAGUUCAGAAAAUAACUCAGGUGUAUAUCCACCAAAAUACUCUGACAUAAUUCCUCAAAUGCCUGAACCAGGGUAUCCUCCACCUCCAGGUUUUGUUUAUCCACAAAAUCCUGAAGUCUCAGCAUAUCCUCCACCAUAUCCCUGUGAAACUAGAGGAUAUUCCGCUUCGGCGCCCGACAGAGCAAGAUACUAAUAAUCUCUUAGCAACAAUUAAUGUACUACGUUUAUACAUUUUACAAAUGUUUUUGUUUCAUGUACAAUAUAAAAAUUCGUUUCCUGCACCUGUUGAAAAAUAUAAAUAAAAAAAAAUUCCUGUUAUUUAAUGUUUAAUAAGAGUACUUGUUGUAAUUUCAUAAUAUGUUAUUUUAUUAAAGCUGUAAUAUGAUUUAAAUAUUAAUGUUGAUAAUGAAGUGUAAAGAGUA